AGUAUAGCUAUUGCUGCUGCUGUUGCUGUUGUUGCGUUUGUGUUUUUUUUUGCAGUUGCUGUUGCUAUUGUUGUUGUUGUUAUUGCAUUUGAGACGCUUUUGUACGAUGUCUGUUGUCGAUGUUCUCUAUUUUCCCCAAUCGCACAGUGCCUUUUCGCAUUCACAUUCGUACUAUAUUCUCGCGCGCUCUCUGCAUUCAGUUAUUCGCCGAUAAUUGAUGUCAAAGGACGCGUUACGGCGUCGGUCAUACGGCGCGUAUAAUUAACAAGGAUUUCGUUAACAAACAAAUUGUUGUUAAUUUAGUUCCGGGUUCAGUGUAUUAUCUGUUACACUUCCGCUUCAAGUGCCGCCAUAUUUAUUUGUCAGCGUUUUUUUGCCCUUUUUGCCAGUUUUCGUCAACUACAAUUGUUUAACUGCCGGUUUAAGCGCUAAAUUCAUAAUCUUUAUACAACAUAUAUCAAAUAUAACACAUACACACACACGGAGAAAGCAUAAUACGCGUGCGCGCGCUCAUUUGCUCAACGCCCUCUUCAGCAUCGUCGUUCACUUUGUCAGCAGCUUUAAUUCACCGUUGCAAUGCCAAAAGAAGACCCGUUCGUGAAUCGCGCCCAACUGCUGAAGGCUAUCAAAAAGUAUCCGGAGAUAUGGGACUCCAAUAACAAACUGCACAUGUGCCGCAGCGUCACGGCGCCCAUGUGGAACGAGAUAGCCGAACAGUUUGGUGGGCAUGUGCCAACAGUAAAACUACAGUCCAUAUGGAGUCAGAUGAAGUAUCACUACCACAAUUUGGUGCAUCGGCAAAUUUUGCAUAAGGAACGCUUCACCACCAAGUGGGAGCACUUCGAGCCGAUGUCUUUCAUGUACAACAUAACUGUGGCGAAGAUAGUGGGGGCCGCUGGCGCCAAUGAUGGCAACCAGACACCGCAUUUGCAGUCACCCACAGCUGUAUCACUGCCCACACCACCGCCGACACCAACGACACCGCAAACGCAGGGACGUGGACGUCCCAGUGGCAGUUUUACUUGGCUACCGGCACAGCAGCAACAACAAUCGCAGACGCAACAACUACAACAGCAGUUAGUGCAAACACCCUUAUCAACACAAAUGCAUGAACAAUUGACCCCAGGCGGCAUGCCACAACCGCUAUUGACAUCGACGCCGCUUACGACACAAACCGAAGUAAGCGUUGAGACAAGUCCAUUCAUUGGUUUCACUGGGCUUGUGCCACCGGCAGCUAUAACAGUGGAGGCCACAACGACGCCGAUGCGCAAACCGGGACGCCCCGGUUCCAUGAAUAAUAGCAUGCGCGGACGCAUCAUCGACGUGAUCAAGGCACAUCCGCCGUUGUGGGUCGGACGUCAACAGGAAGCUGUGCCGGGUCAACGUAAGGCGCAAAAUCGCACAUCGGCUGUGUGGAAGGAGGUUGCGGCCGAGUUGGGAUUGACAGCAAGUCUUGUACAAACUCGUUGGUCCAUUAUAAAGCAGCGCUAUGUCGACGAACUACAAAAAGAGCGACGCGCUCACUUCACUCAACAGGCCUUUCACUCCACUUGGGAGCACUUCGAACGCAUGGACUUCAUGCGCGACAUACUCAUCAAGAAGGUGGACGAGCGCGAGCAAACGCGAGAGCAGAUACAGGAAAUCGUUAGUGAACAUCAACAGUUGCAAUCGGCCGCUGCACAGCACAUGCGUUAUAUGCGUCUCGGUAUGCCGCCACCGAUGAGCAUGUUGGGCGCCACGUCGGGGGUGUAUGAGGACGGCAGCGUGGUUGGCAUGGUGCCAUUGCAUCAAGCCGGCGGUGUAGUAGGCGGUGUUGGGGGCGUUGCUGGCGCUGUGGGCAUGGGACGUCGGCUGGGUGCAGGCGGACGUGUGAAGACCGAAAGCGACUUGGAGUGGGAUCCGUUUGAGAUGAUUUUGCAUGUUCACGGCACUGAACCGGCCGCUAAUUGAGCGGAAAUAACCGAGUGAAAUGAAAAUUAAUUGCAGAAAAGUUGAUGAUAGGCGAGCAAGCGUAAUUGAGAAAGUAGUGUCCUAUAAAAAUAAUAGCAUACAGUACUAUGGAAAGACUGGUUUGGGAACACAGUCGAUGUGCGGCAGCAGCUUUAGGGUAAGACGAGCAAGAAAUCUACUAAACUAAAA